GUAGAAGCGGCUCAUCCAUGCAAACACCCCUCACAUCUUAAAUGAGCUCCAUGUAGCGGCAGCCGCGCCAGUCGGGCUGGGAGCCGCCGGGCGGCGCUCGGAGAGCCUCGGGGGCAGCCCGCCCCGACGGAGCCCGCCGCGCCCCGCUCUCGAUGGGACCGAGCGCGGCGGCCAGGGCGCCGGGCUCGGGCGGCUCGGGCUGAGCGCGCCCCGCGCGGGGCGCCGGGCAUGGCCGCGGGCGGGCGGGGGCCGGCCGAGCCGUAGCCGCGGGCCGCAGCGCCCUCGCGGGGGGCCGCCGCCGCGCCGGGACGCGGCCAUGGAGCGCCGCUGAGCCGCCGCCGCGGGGGCGCCGCCGCCGACCAUGGCCCUGCACAAACUCUGCUCCGUGCUGGAAGUGUUGCUGGUAACAAUUCUUGUAGUGGAAGGGAUUGCCGUUGCACAGAAGACGCAAGGUGGGCAAAAUAUUGGAGUGAACCGCAUUUCUCCUACCCAGUGUGAUAAUUGGGUACGGACAAGUAAUGGAGGACACUUUGCUUCACCAAACUACCCUAACGUGUACCCACCAAAUCAAGAGUGCAUCUAUAUCUUAGAAGCUGCUCCGCGACAAAGAAUUGAGUUGACCUUUGAUGAACCUUAUUAUAUAGAACCCUCAUUUGAAUGCCGGUUUGAUCAUCUGGAGGUUCGAGACGGACCUUUUGGUUUCUCCCCUCUCAUUGAUCGUUACUGUGGUCUGAAAAGUCCUUCACUAAUUAGAUCAACAGGGAGAUUUAUGUGGAUCAAGUUUACUUCUGAUGAGGAGCUGGAAGGAAAGGGAUUUCAAGCAAAGUACUCAUUUAUACCAGAUCCUGACUUCACUUACCUGGGAGGUAUUUUAAAUCCCAUUCCAGACUGCCAAUUUGAGCUCUCGGGAGCUGAUGGAAUAGUGCGUUCCAGUCAAGUAGAACAAGAAGAAAAAACAAAACCAGGACAAGCAGUUGACUGCAUAUGGACAAUUAAGGCCACUCCAAAUGCUAAGAUUUAUUUGCGAUUUCUGGACUAUCAAAUGGAGCAUUCGAAUGAAUGCAAAAGAAACUUUGUUGCUGUAUAUGAUGGAAGCAGCUCUAUUGAAAACCUGAAGGCAAAGUUUUGCAGCACUGUAGCAAACGAUGUGGUGCUGCAGACGGGGACGGGCGUGGUACGCAUGUGGGCAGAUGAAGGCAGUAGACUAAGUAGAUUCAGGAUGCUGUUCACUUCAUUUGUGGAUCCUCCCUGCACAGGCAGCACUUAUUUCUGCCAUAGCAACAUGUGCAUCAAUAAUUCUUUAGUCUGCAAUGGCAUUCAAAACUGUGCAUACCCUUGGGAUGAAAAUCACUGCAGAGAAAAGAAAAAGACUGGAUUGUUUGAACAAAUCACCAAAACUCAUGGAACAAUCAUUGGCAUCACAUCAGGGAUAGUUUUAGUUCUUCUUAUCAUUUCAAUUCUAGUGCAAGUAAAGCAACCUCGCAAAAAGGUUAUGGCUUGCAAGACUGCUUUCAAUAAAACUGGUUUCCAAGAAGUAUUUGAUCCUCCACAUUAUGAACUAUUUUCACUAAGGGACAAAGAAAUUUCUGCAGAUUUAGCAGAUUUAUCAGAAGAACUUGAAAACUAUCAGAAAAUGAGACGCUCUUCCACAGCUUCUAGAUGCAUUCAUGACCACCACUGUGGCUCUCAGGCCUCUAAUAUAAAACAAAGCAGGACAAACCUCAGCUCCGUGGAACUUCCCUUCCGCAAUGAUUUUGCGCAACCUCAGCCAAUGAAAACAUUUAAUAGCACAUUCAAGAAAAGUAGUUACACUUUCAAACAAGCGCAUGACUGCCCUGAGCAAGUCAUAGAAGACAGGGUUAUGGAAGAGAUUCCCUGUGAAAUCUAUGUUAGAGGAAGAGAAGAUACUGCACAAGGUUCAUUAUCUAUUGACUUUUAACUUUCUAAAGAAGGUGAUAACAGUGUACAUACAGGAUGCUUGUAUAUAUAAUGACAGUGUAUAUAUUAAAAAUGUACCAUAUGCAGCGUGUGAGAUGCACACACUUUUAGCUUACUGUAUUUCAUUAAAAAAAAAAAAAAAAAAGUCUUCGUAACUAAUUGUUGAAAAACAGUGGACUCCCUCCAAUCUUCCCAAGCUACCUAUCCAGCUGAGCAACAAAACAAAGGCUUUGCAUGGAAAUUAAUAGUUCAGGAUAUCGGGGAAAAAAACAACCACCAAUCAUUGGUCACUGAAAAUAAUGACUACUACCUGCCUCUUCCUAUCUUUUCCUCUUCCUUUGAUAUCUGCUUUUCAAGACAAUUUUAACACCUCAGUUACUUACAUAAAUAAAAGUGGUUAAGUGCACCACGCGUAUGUCAACAUAGGUGUCUUAUUGUGUUUGUCAAAUUGAAGGUAGAGCUAUUGUGUUAAGUGCCAGUUAACAGUCAAGAAUUAUGUUACAGCAAUCUGUUUCACCUUGUCUGUCAUUUAUAUUGCCUUUAAUUACUGGUUCCUCACUCAGUGUUUCGUGAGAAAUAAGUGUAAAGGAUUACUGCCUUUUAGCAAUAUUUUAUAAUAGUAUUAGUUAUAUUAAAUUUAGUACCUUUGGGAAUAUAUAAUCUUUGCAGCUUGUGGUUAAAACUCAAUGAAGUUCUCAAACGGUAUUCUAGAUAAAAACUUUUACAAAUACAAAUGUUUUGUUUCCAGGAGGCUUAUGAUGUUAAAAGAUUCUACCAUAUACUAUAUACCCUUGUGACUCCACUGAUUUCAUAGCUCUUUAGUUAGAAAACAAUAUUGUUCCUGUGUUUUCCAAGUAUUUACAUAAAAAGACUGUACUGUGUAUUUGUCUCUUAAAAUAGCCUUGUACUCCCUAUGGAGCCACUCUCCUCUACUGAAAUCAGUGAUCGAUACUUUGAGCUCAUGUCCUACUUGCGUGAAGAGAACGGCUCGGAGGUCUGUGUGAUCAAAGUACAUGAAGAUACUGGACACAAGGAGAAAUCACGAAGCAACUUUUAUUAGCCUUUAUGGCAGCCUUCUUGAGCCCCUUGUUUCCACUUGCAAAAUUGCACAUUUCAUACCUUUUUUAAUGGUGGUUUUGACCUAAUUUUAACAUUUUUACAAUAUAGAACAGUUUUUAAAUAUAAUAAUUCUCAUUGUGAUUUUUAGACGUUUUAUAUAGUUUGAUACUGUACAGACUAUUUAUUAAAUCAAAAUCUAGCACCUGUACAGCAGGCUUGUUUCAGUGUCCAUAUUAGCAGCUCUGAAUAACACGCAGUGACUGCUAUGCACAUUGCAAUUUGCCAAGAAUACUUUUAAGAUGACUUCUGUAUUAGCCUACCUUUUACUCCCUGCUUCAUAUGGGUUUAUUUUGGUAUUUCAUUUACAGGAAACAUUUUCACUAAACAUGACCUGCCAGCUUGCAAUCGCUGUUCACAUCCUUUACUUACAAAGGUACAGAAAAGUCAUAGUUACUGUGAAAUAUUUUUGUUGCGAUGACUAUAGUACAAAAAGUGUAUCUUAAUAUAUGAUCUUAGCAACUGAAACAUCUUUUCUCUAAAGGAAAAUAAGGACAACAGCUACAAUCACUGAUUUUCAUUAGAAUGAUUAAAAAAGAAGUCUUACACCAGGCUUAGAAUAUAGUUAAGUAAAAAAAAAAAAAGAAAAGAAAAGAAAAGAAAAAAGAGAGAGAGAGAGAAAGAAAGAAAGAAAGAAAGAAAAGGAAUUGGUCAACGCUGAAAAUUCUCAGUGCUUCCUAACUUGUGAAUUAUUAAGCCUGUCUGAUAUGUAGAAGGAGCUCAAUCAGAAGCUCAUUGAUCAGGCCCUUAAGAGCGCAUCCUGGUGUCAGUUUUUAUGCUGGACACAAUGUAUUUCAUUCUGAAAGAAUGAA